AUGCUGGAGCAGGAGAAUGAGCUGCGGUCUUGCGCGAGGGAGUUUGUGAAGAGGUAUGAGAGGUUGUAUUGGGGGAGCGAGGAGAAUCGGAGGAAGUAUCUUAUGCCGGGUUCUUUUGUUGAUUCGCCGGAGGCUAUGGAGAUUACCAGGGUUAUCACGAUUCUUCUGGAGAGAAAAGCGCGCAAUAUCCUCAAGGGCGGCGAGAAGUCCAAGAAGGAAUCGACCCGCGACAGCAUCUUCCUCUCCUCGCCUCUACCCAAAUCCGAGCCCCAAUCGCCAACUUUCACCCUGUACGGGGGCAGCUCACCCCAAGCCCCUGGCAUCCCUAUCACCCGCGAGACGAGCGACAGACAGGUGAAGCGAAAGGCCUAUGGCAUAUUCGAAACGCCGCCUCAAGUCCCGGUUAGCAAUGGCGUGCAGAUAUCAAGCUCGAAUAAAAGUCUCAUUUCAUUCUGCGGCAUAGCUCUGCUCGAUAAAGAUGGACCUCUUCCCAAGAAACGACCCUCCGAGCCGCGCAGUGUAUCGCCAACGCCCGCUCCCGCUGUGCAUGUGAUUGACGUGGACGUGAACGACAUGCACGAUGAGGAAAACGCCCCGAAUAUCCCUGACCGCAGCACUGUCCGGGAGGAAUCUCAGACCAUCUCUGUAGACAGUUCAGGAGACAAAGAGGACAGCAACAUUAACACCAACACCAACGGCAAUGACCAGCGCGCCUUUCACAAGCCUUACGCGUACAAAUCCUCAUUCCCCGUAAAGACCACGUUCCUGGUCUCCUCCAGCACACAACCCAGCAUGGGUUCUGUCUGGGUUCCCUUCCGCGACUUUAACUCAGCCUCAUUGUUGCUGUCCUAUAUGGCGGCUGAGUGUCACCCGGAGGAUUGGCAGAGCCUAGAUCUAGGUCAAUCGCCGAGCAGGCAACCAAAUAACGAGAUUAGUCGCAAUGGGGCUAGUUCAUCGUCAUCGCAGAAUAUCAUUGCGGCGACCGUCAAGCUGGAAUAG